UUUGCUACACAGCAGUGUUCUCGCUCUGGCCCUUUCAUCACAAUUCUUUCCAUACAGUACUGAUGCACCAAAAAGAGUUAUAUUCCAGCAUACUAUCAGGAGUGCAGGUGCCAGUCAAAUUAUGGAAACUACCUAUGAUUUUGCUGUUGUUGACUCCAAUUCUCUGCCUUUUGUUUUCAAACAUGCCCCUGAAGUGGCCAAGGCACUGCACAUUAAUACAGAAUUAUCCUUUGCUGCUGUCAAACAGUCUCACCAAGCUGAUUGGAUGGGGAUAUUUCCAAUAUCUUCGUUGUUUUCAAGAUGCAUGAAGUUUCCUGCGCAAAGUUCGGAUGUCUUGACUGAAUACAAUCAUUUCCCACAUUUAGCGAUUAACAAGCCACAAGAGAGUUUGAGUGGGGUUUCCCGCAGGAUCUACUUGGAGUUUUCCCUUGGUUGCUUGAGGGAAGUCUGGGUUGCAGUCCUUAAUAUAACUGGUUCAUUAUCCAGCUGGUCAUUUGCAGACAACAUUCUUCCAGCUCCUGAGAAGACUGGUAAUGGUCCUCCAUCAUAUAUAUGUAGAUUAAGUGGUGCAGGCGAUAAAAACUGGACCUUUUGGUUGGAGGCGAGCAGUUCAGAUGCCAUUAGUGUUGAUGUGGCUGUAGUGGACCAGUAUUUGACAGAGUCUGCUGCUAAAUUGAAAGGCCUUUUUCCAGAUUGGACGGAUGUGACUGCAUUCUCAAGUUUUAUGUCCACCUAUGUGUUUUAGUUCGCAUAACAUUUUAUGUCUGUCCUUUUUUUAUUUCCUUUUUGGGUGUAUCAUACUACAGCAUAGCCUUGUUUUUACUUUUCUUAUUUACCUCAUUAUUCCUUUUAAAUAGAAGAAGUAAAGUUUGUUUAGAGCUUGUGAAUUCCUAGGUUUCUCUUUCAAUAAAAAGCUUAUGGCGAAGGACAAUUUAUUGUAAUUUGUGAAGUGUAAAGUUGUAAACUUUUGUAUCCAUAAUAUUUUAAGUGCUUAAAGGAAAAUUUAGUUUUAAAGGCUGAAUAUUGCCUUUUCUGCUCAAA